CGAGUUUCAAAAUGUUGUGGUCUGCCAGCAGUCAAAAGCGCAUCCCUUUGCCCACAUCACGAGAGCAAAGGUCCAUCUGCCAGCAUUUCGACAAUCAUCCUUUCGCCAGCAACACAUUUGCUGGUGGCGAGUGCGACGCCAAGCCCCUUGGCAGUUUAUCAAUCAAGCAUUCCAGCAAGCUCAAAGACGUCAGAUUGUUUCUAACUCUCAGUUGAGGAUGAAGCAGCAUUGCUACCAGUGUGCACAAACCGCAAAAGCAACUGUUGGUGGUAUGGUGCAUCAGUCCUGCGAUGGCAUGUGCCUGCUGCUACUCAGCAAUUUCUAGCAGCUAGAGAAUUCCUCAUGAAUCUAGCAUCUGAUCUUGUGAUGCAGGGCUAAGCUAUGCUCCCAACAAAGUUGCAAGUAUCAGCUUACACGACAUGAGCUUCCAGAGAGGGGCAACUGGCUGUUCAAGCGAAGCUUGACUCACCCCGGAAUUUCAUCUCACUGCACUCACAUUGAAGCUCAAGUGUGGGCACUGUUGCAUCCGGAAAACUUUUAGCAGUGUAGCAAUUAGUAUGGAAGAACUUCAAGAGGGGGAGUUGGCUGACUUUGUCUUUACCCCCAGCUCAAAGCCGGGGAGAGAAGCCAGCAGAUUGAUUCCUCCCCGCUUUUCCAGGGUCAGGUUUCCUCAGGAGUACUUCUUUGUCAACAAAAUGACCGACCCAGAAGCAUUGCGGAUGGAGAAUGGAGAAGAGGGCCAUGCGACUGGUCCUGCCACGGGCUCUUUCGGCCUCGACUUUGGGAUUGACUUCAGGGAAGGCCAGCUCCCUCCCGAACCGUCCGAAUCCGACUUCGGCCCCCCGGACAGUCUUGCCGAGUCCGAAAAAGGUUUAUGGGAGCACGGGAUGCCCCUGCUGCGGAGCCUCUUCGACGAGCGUCCGAUCUGGAGCCGUGCGAUGAUCCAGAGCUGCGUGGAUGCCACGUGGACGCACCUGGUCCGUCCGAUGCUUCUCAAGCUUGCGUACACGUUCCACAACGGGCCGUGGCGGCUGCUGUGGGUCAAGAAGGGGGCCGACCCGCGGACAGAUCCGUCGCUAAGGAAAUAUCAGCUGCUCGACUUCCGCGUCCCUCGUGCGUGGUACGACGCGAUGCCAAAGGGCCACGAGGCCUUCUUCCAGUCGUCGCUGAUGCGCCCCUGGGGGGGCAUGCUCAACAGCCCGCGGUGGGGGGGGGAAACGGAGGAGGCCGUGGCGACCUGGCGGGCCACGCAGCGCUUUGAGCGCGCGCCCGUGCAGCGCUCCACCUUCUUCCAGCUGUGCGACCUGGAGGAUGACGACAUCCAACGUCAUCUGGCGAAGCAGCCAGUGCCCGCCGCAUGCGAUAGCACCUCCGGCUGGUACACGUCAGCAGCGCUGUCGGAGCAUAUGGGACCUGGAAGCGGCGCGGAGCGGGGGGGGGGGGUGAAACGGAAACGUCCGGAAGCCAGUCAGACGAGACUGGGGGCGGAAGCUGGUAUUGAUUCUUCUGGGGGGGUGAGGGAGCAGGGGGAUUCAGAGGAGGAGGGGGUGAAGGAACGGAGCGAAGAACGCGGGGAGGUGGAAGGGGAGGGGGGGGAUGUAGCCGGUACCGAGAAAGAGCAGGGAAACAAUCACGCAGCGGCAACGAGUCGUGAAGAGGGGGUAGAGGAAGGCGGGGCGGGAUCCCAGGACGAGGAGGAUGACGUCAGCAGCAGUAGCGAAGAGGAGGAGGGGGGCGUUAGCGCCGAAGAGGAGGAGGACGACGAGGAGGAAGAGGAGGAGGAGGAGGAAGAAGAUGAUGAUGACGUCAGCGAGGACGAGGACGAUGAAGAGAACGAGUACGGGAGUGACGUCAGCGAGGAGAAAGGGCCGGCGGCCACGUUGGACCGGCGAAGGGGGGAGGUGUCCGGAACGUUGCCGUUACAGUCACCGUUGCCCGCCGUGCAGAAAAUGCCACAGGGUUACAUGCAUGCGCUUCUCGGGAGGUUUCCAGAGGAGGUGCGGGCCGGCGAGGCCCUGCCACGUGGCAACGCCCAGGCUGAGCUAGAUUCCGAGGAAGCGUUUCCGAUCUUUGAAGCCGACGAGGAGAGCGAGGAGGAAGAUGCUGGGCGGUGACGUUGGUUGACUUAAUUAAUCAAGUGAAAACAGGAGACUCUGCACUAUUUUGCAGUAUCCAAUCUGCAAUGGAGUUGCAUUGGAUCUAUUAUGCAAGAUCAGAUUGAAUGCAGAGUUCAUCCAGGCUUGUCACGGUCAGUCAACC